AUGGCUAUUGAUGGACAACGCUUGUGCAAGCACGCGCAGGCUUCUUGCAUUCACAACUAUGCAUUCUCUGUUGGGCACUUCCAGAGGAAGCUCACGGCCUACUACACUCAAAACCAGCGGCCGCCACUGACUGAAGCUGUCUUCCUGACACGACUCCCUAGGCCUUAUCAGCUGGAGUUUGUUCAGGGCGGAUGUGCCGCGCCUUUGAUCAUGGCCUACCUCCUGGUGGCAGAGGCCAAGAUCCCGAUGGGCGAUGAAGAUGCCUACACCUACUCUGGCGUUGCCAUGCAGCUUGUUGAUGAGCUCAACGAGUUGGUGAAACCAAUCCUAGCAGAGACCUCUGUGUGGCCAUAUCGAGAGGCUAUUGCGCGCCUCCAGGCCACUGAAAGUGCCACAUUGGAGGCACAAAAAACUUUUCCUUCUCUUCUCGGAGGUGCACGCGGUGCAAUCUCACUAGAGUUCAUAGUGGUUCACUGCAAAGAGCCCCUGGAUUGGGUGGAGGCAGAUCUUCUCGGGAUCGCUCCUGCUGGCUCCCAGCUGACUUUUUAUGAGAAAUGUUCAGAAGAGCCAACAUUUAGCAGUGCCGUGAUGCAGCACUUCUCCGCUGUGUCCAUCAGAUCCUGCCGGGAUCCUGUGAAUGGCCCUCGAGGUGACGAGUGCCUCGGGUACUUGGCCCACAUUGUCACAAAUUACUGGAACCUGGCCACCUUCACGGUCUUUUUGCAGGCCGACCCACACGACCACUUGCACUUUUCGUACUUGCACAAUGUUGUAAAGAUGAUUGCGGCCGCCACCUAUGCAGUGCCCUACUUGGGGUUGAACGGGGCGAGGCAUGUUCGAACCUGGACGCCUUGCUUAAAUGCAGUGCACGAGGCUAUUUUCGGAGAAAAGAUGCGAGAAGCUGUCGGACCUUAUUGCUGUGCACAGUUUGUGGUGCAGGAUUCAAGGGUCCGAGAACGACCGCUUGAAUUCUAUCAGAGGAUGCUGAGGUUGGUGGAUGGAACCCUAGAGCACGACUUGUGCUAUCCAGGCAAGGUCAAGCGCUCCACUCAUUGCUAUGGCAUGGAGUUCACUUGGCACCUUGUGUUUGGCGAGGACUAUGAGACGCCACUUCGGCAGGACGAUCAACGACUUCCCUUACCCCUGCGCCUGAAGUUUGGGAAUGAGCUUGUUCGCAGGCAAUGGAAUGAUGUGGUGCUAAAUCCAAGUACUCCAAAGAAGAUCGUCGAAGAAAUCAAUUAUGACCAGAUGACUGUUAGGUAG